AUGCAGGAGGAGAAAGACUCCUCCACGUCCUGGCGGACAGGGUCUGCGUGCCCCUCGACGAUCCGCAACUCGUGCGGACUCAUCGCCCUCCUCCACGCCGUCGCGAACGGCGAACCCCGCCGCCACGUCACGCCAGGCUCUGACCUCGCUGCUCUGCUCGAGCGUGCGGAUCCACUUCCGCCCGCUGAGCGCGCGCGCUCGCUGCAGUACAGCAAGGGCCUGGAGAGCGUGUACAUGGAUGCGGCGCAGAUGGGUGAUACGGAGGCGCCGGAGGCGGAGGAUAAUGUGGACUUGCAUUUCGUGGCGUUUGUGCGGGGCAGCGAUGGGACGCUGUGGGAGAUGGAUGGGCGGCGGAAGGGUCCCCUUGCGCGCGGUGUGCUGGCGCCGGAUGAAGAUGUGUUGAGUGCGAAUGCGCUGGAGAUGGGGGUGCGGCGGUUCCUGAAGGCUGAAAUUGAGGGUGGGAAUCAGGAUAUGCGGUUUAGUUUGAUCUGUCUGGGGCCGGGGUUGGAUUGA